CUCCACGCGCGAAUAUUCUCGGUAUAAGUGAGCACACUUCUCUAGUCUCCUCUCGGCUCUUCCCCUUUUUUCUCUCUCAUACUUCUUGCUUCGCAAAUUUGGGCCACGGCAGAAAUGCGAGAGGAGGUUAUCAGUUCCGGAGGGACCAUUGACGCUGCUCCUGCUGCCAGUUCUGCUGGGGCAUCCUCACCUGCUGUUCCUACACAUGUUGGCAGUAUAGAUGGGUCCAGUCAUGGCCGUGGCUCUAAAGCAGCUUCUUUGUCUUGUGUUGGUUCACAACCACCAUUGACUUCCUUGAGUGCAAGUGCUGGUGGUUCGGCUUUUGUAUCAUCAAGGCCGUCAUGUAGACCAUGGGAAAGAGGAGAUUUACUGAGGCGUUUGGCUACCUUCAAGCCUUCAAAUUGGUUGGGGAAGCCUAAGGUUGUCAGUUCAUUGACUUGUGCUCAAAGAGGUUGGAUAAACGUGGAUGUGGACAAAAUUGAAUGUGAAUCAUGUGGUGUAUGCUUGAGUUUUACGUUGUCACCAUCUUGGACCCCUACUGAAGUUCAAGAUGCUGCUGAAGCAUUUGCCAAACGGCUGGAUGCUGUGCACAAUGUCAGUUGUCCUUGGAGGGGAAAUAGCUGCCCAGAGAGCUUGGUGCAGUUUCCUCCAACUUCUCAGUCUGCCCUGAUUGGAGGAUAUAAGGAUAGAUGUGAUGGACUUGUGCAAUAUCAAUCUCUUCCCAUUGUGGCCGCGUCUGCAAUUGAGACAAUGCGGGCCUCUCGGGGCCCACAGGUUGCUCGCUUUUUGUCAGAGGAAGUAGAUAUUAAACCAGAGAGUAUACCAGAACUUGAAAGCUCUCGAGAUGGGGCAUUAUGUUUAUAUUCUCGUGCCCAGAAGCUUAUAAGCCUCUGUGGAUGGGAACCCGGAUGGCUUUUAAAUGUUCAAGACUGUGAAGAGCAUUCUGCUCAAUCAGCUAGGAACGGAUAUUCUGCAGGCCCUAAUCAGGCCCAGCUCCAUCUAUUGCAGGAUCAUGGAACAGGCAAGAAGCCACUGACUGCUGCAGAUAAAAAAGAGAUAGGGAAGAGUAAAGUGUUGGUUAAGGAUUCUAGAUGUGAGUUCAGGUCACCUUUGCUAGAUUGUAGCUUAUGUGGUGCUACGGUUAGGAUAUCAGAUUUCGUAUCAAUUCCUCGACCUGCACGGUUCACUCCAAACAACAUUGAUAUUCCUGAUGCAAGCAAAAAAAUGGGAUUAACACGUGGAGUAAGUGCGGCCAGUGGAAUUAGUGGCUGGGUUGCUGCUGAUGAUACAGAAAGAGAACAUACUGAAGACCGCGAUGAAGUUGCAACAACAAGUGAUAGGAAAGUGCUGCCAAAUACAGAUGUUGAUUUGAAUCUUACAAUGGCAGGGGCUUUACCUUUUACACAGUUGGACAGGACAGCAAUGUCGGAAAAUAUUCUUGAUGCAGAUAUGGGUAGGGACCUCAUGAUUGGGCAGCCUUCAGGCAGUGAGGUUGGUGACCGUGCAGCUUCAUAUGAAUCACGGGGUCCCAGCUCUCGUAAGCGGAACCUGGAGAAAGGGGGAACUUCAGAUUAUAGGCCACACCUAAGGAUGCAGCAAGCUGAUAGCAUUGAAGGCACUGUCAUUGAUCGUGAUGGUGAUGAAGUCACAGAUGGCCAAGAAUAUUCAGCUGGGCCUUCAAAACGUGCUCGUGACUCUGAUUUAUUUGAUACAUACUGUUCAUCAUCUCAUAGAGAUACAUCUGGUGCUGGUCCUAGCCAUUCAAUGGGUUUUGAAGUAUACACAGAUGGCAAUAGGGUUUCUUCGUUUCGGCAAGGAAGUGACCAACUUAUUGGGAUCCAAUCAGCUAGGGAUUCUACUCGUGCGUCAUCGGUAAUUGCUAUGGAUACCGGUUUCCAUAGUGCAAAUGCCGACUCUAUGGAAAGUGUUGAAAAUUAUCCUGGAGAUGUUGAUGAUGUUCAUCUCCCCUCGUCUAGUAUAUAUGGCAAUCUGGACAUGAAUGAUACAUCUGAAAUAAAUCAUAGUAACCAAGCUCAGCCGAGCAUUGGUUUCCGGCCAGCUGCGGCCAUCCCUGGGGAAAUGGGUGUCAGUAGUACAAAUGAUGGGGAAGAACUUUUCAAUGCAGAGACUGUGACUGCUCAAGCCAGGGACGGGUUUAGUUUUGGAAUUAGUGGAGGAAGUGUUGGGAUGUGUGCUAGUCAUGAGGCUGAAAUUCAUGGGGCUGAUGUAUCUGUCCAUAGAGCUAAUAGUGUGGUUGGUGAUGUGGAACCAAGAGCAGAAGAUGCUGAAAAUCAGGGCCAGACUGGGGAAUCUGCUCCAGAUCCUGGACUAAUGGACGAGAUUGUCCCUGAUGAAAUUAAUAGGGAAGAUCCCCAUGGAGAUAGCCAGGAAAUGUUGUCUCGAUCAGUUGGAAGGGCAGAUAGCAGCUCAAAAAUUUAUGGUUCUGCUAAAACUGAAUCAGUUGAAAGUGGUGAAAAGAUAAGUCAAGGCGACAAGUUAGUACCUGAGAACAAUGCCCACCCUUCUCUUUCUUGCAAUGCUAACGUGUUUUCUGGUUGUAAAACAAUGAAGAAAGAGGUUGCAAAAGCUGGGCCUCCAAAAGGGGCAAGCAAUUAUGAGGAAGCUUUGGAAUUUGAUCCGAUUGUCCAUCACAACCAGUUCUGUCCUUGGGUGAAUGGAAAUGUUGCGGCUGCUGGCUGUACUGGUUCCAGCACCAAUACUGAUGCUUUUGCGCUUUGUGGGUGGCAGCUGACUCUCGAUGCACUGGAUAAUUUGCGAUCACUUGGAAAUAUUGCAAUUCAGAAUGUACAGUCUGAAUCAGCAGCGUCAUUAUAUAAGGGUGAUCAGCGGACUCGUGAUCAAAAGCUUCUUCGACACCACUCGAUGAGCAGAAGUCAUGGGCAACAUUGAGAUUCAGUCUGAAGUGAUUACCCAUGGCUCCCUAUAAUGAUAUGUAUCUUUCUCAAGUAAUCUUUAUUGUCUCGGUUUGAUGUCGCUGUUUCUUAAGAAGAAAUUAAUGGUUCUUCCGUGACUAUCAGUAAACCAACGAUUCUGGACCUGAGUUUUAUUUUCGCUCUGUACUUAAUUAAAUGAAAUUUUUAUUUUUGAGGAACCUAAACCUGAUGCAGCUGACACUAUAAUUUAUAAAUAAAUAGUUAAUUCA